GGAAGUGUCCCGUCAUGUUGUCUUGAUAAUAUAACUGGUCACACCAUAUGAUUUUUCGCAUGAUAAAUUGUAUUAAUUAAAAAAAGAAUCAUAGUAAGUUUAGUUUUUCUAUCAAAACUUGAUAAUGGAUACAUGUAUGAAAACACUUUUACUUUUAUGGCAGUUGUCAUCUGGGAUCGGGUUUCGACCAUUUCAAAGUGGAUUUUACAUCUAGCAGGUUGUUGUGUGUUAGCACGUUGCAACAAGAACACUACCUAUGGGAUUUAGGGAGACUGCCGAGGCUGCAGCAGGUGCGUCUCAACAGUUGGGAUACCCAUAACAUCCAAGGCAAACUGGCAGAGUAUGGAAUGGAUUUUCUUAACGGCAGCAGUGCUGGGCUAAGGUCGGAGAUGCAGGGGAAACUUGCCGAGGAAGGUUCCGGAUUCUAUCCUGUUUCUUCGUUGAACUUCUCUUUCAUGCUUAAUGAAACGAAUCAGUUCUUUGAUUUCGUGGGGGAUGGAUCCGCCGUCCUGAGAAUAAUCAUCUCUGUGAUUUACUCUGUGGUCUGUGCUUUGGGGUUGAUAGGAAACAUCCUUGUCUUAUAUCUAAUGAAGUCUAAACAAGUAUGGAAAAAAUCGUCAAUUAACCUUUUCGUGACGAGUUUAGCAGUGACCGAUUUCCAGUUUGUAUUAACUCUUCCCUUUUGGGCAAUAGAGAACGCUUUGGACUUCACUUGGCUUUUUGGAAAAGCCAUGUGCAAGAUAGUGUCUUACGUGACGGCGAUGAAUAUGUACGCAAGUGUGUUUUUCCUGACUGCUAUGAGUGUGGCACGAUACUGGUCCGUUGCUUCUGCGCUCAAUAGCAGGCGGCGCCGUCCUCGCUGCUGCUCCGCAGGCUUUAUGAGCAUUGUCAUAUGGGUUGCUGCUAUAUUCGCAGCUUUGCCCCAUGCGGUGUUUUCCACAACGGCGACUGUCUCCAACGAGGAACUGUGUCUUGUUAAAUUUCCAGACACUGUCGACGCACAAUUCUGGCUUGGACUUUACCAUAGCCAAAAAGUACUGAUCGGGUUUCUAAUCCCGCUGGGGAUCAUCUCCGUCUGCUACCUGCUCCUUCUGCGCUUCAUCACAUCCAAGAACGUGAACACCUCCACCGCAAAAAGACGCUCCAAAGUGACUAAAUCAGUGACUAUAGUGGUUCUGUCAUUUUUCCUCUGUUGGUUGCCCAACCAGGCACUAACGGCUUGGGGGAUUCUUAUAAAACACAACGUUGUGCAUUUUAGUUGGGCAUAUUACACCACGCAGGCAUAUGUAUUCCCCGUGUCUGUCUGUUUGGCGCACUCCAACAGCUGUCUAAACCCCAUAUUGUAUUGUCUAAUGAGAAGAGAGUUCAGAAAGGCUUUGAAAAAACUUUUUUGGCAAAUAACGUCUCCAUCGGUGACCAACAUGAGACCGUUUACGGCAGUGACCAAGCCGGAACAGGACGAGCACGGCCAUGGGAUGGUUCCGUUAGCUCUCUGUCCGGCAGAGCCAGCCUUGGUUUUCUAUCCACCUGGUGUUGUUAUUUACAAUGGGAGAAACGAUAUGCUCCCGAACAGUACGUAGCCUGUCCUAAUACAUUUGUCAAGCUGUCUAUGGUACCGAUUUAAAAGUCGAUUUAAAAUGAAUUAUUAUUAUUAUUAAUUAUUUGAAUGAAUGUAUUGCUGUGUUGAUCGAUUUAUUUAUUCAAUGUAUAUUUAUAUAUGUAUUUAUUAAUUUCUAUCACCACUAUUUUGUCAAUUGUACGCAUCAAUCAGAAGUGGCAUGCUCUCCACUGUUUGAAGCAAAAACUGAAUAAAGGCUGUUCAAAAUGUAUUUAGAUGCAAAUCAUUAAUGUAUAAAAGCAGCCAGUUGGUUAAUUAAUCUGUAAAUUGUAGGCUUUAAUGUAUAUGUGUGACACAUCAAAAUAAAGACCAGGAUAAUCUUGACAUUCACUUCUCUGGUGAAUGAUGUGGUAAAUAAAUCCUA